AAAAAAAAAACCCGUCUCCAAACGUGGCCUUAAGUAUAAACACACACACAGGGUUCCUUACCCCCUACCCCCUACCAUCUGUUCUUUUUCCUGCUCUCCAAGGAAUCGAUAAUGGGGGCAGAGAUAACUCAAAAUCAAUGGGAAAUAAAUAACGAUAGCUGCAGCAGAAACGGUCAUGAUUUGUUGGCUCUUGAUGGUAAUCAUGAUCAUGGAGGAUUUUCUGAGAGAGGAUUCUGUGAUGCGCAGGUGCAACAAGAAUCGAAUAGUGCAUGCACAACAACGACGACGGAUGUGAGUUUAGGGAUUGGAGAAAGAGCUGUGUCUGCUGCUGGUGCGGCUUUUUUGUCUGCUAUUAUUGUUAACCCUCUUGAUGUUGUCAAGACAAGGUUGCAAACACAGGCAGCUGGAGUUGCAUACUCACACCCCUUAAGUAACAUUAUAAGUAGAAUGGCAUAUUUUGGGCCAACCAUGAUGUUCGCUGAUUUAAGGUGUUCACCAUCAUGUACACAUGCUGGGGUUCAUGGAACGGUGUCAAUUUGUCCUCCUGAUUGUUUUCAGUAUAAGGGAACUCUAGAUGUUUUCUACAAAAUCAUACGGCAGGAAGGAAUUGCGAGGCUAUGGAGAGGCACAAAUGCUGGUCUGGCGCUGGCUGUACCAACAGUUGGGAUCUACCUACCAUGCUAUGAUUUAUUUCGUAACUGGCUGGAGGAUCUAACUGCUCAAAAUAUUCCUGGUGCCACUCCAUAUGUACCUUUGGUAGCAGGUUCAUUGGCACGUUCGUUAGCUUGCGCGACUUGCUAUCCUAUUGAACUUGCUAGAACCCGCAUGCAGGCAUUUAAGGCAGCUCAAACUGUUAAACCUCCGGGAGUUUGGAAAACAUUAGUCGAGGUCCUCUCCCAUGUCAGAAGUACAAACAAUGUUCAAAAUGUGAGAGGCUAUCGCAUCUUGUGGACAGGCAUGGGAGCACAGCUUGCUCGUGAUGUUCCAUACUCAGCAAUUUGUUGGUCAACCCUUGAGCCAAUCAGGAGAAGGCUUCUAAGUUUGGUUGGCGAGGACCCCAAUGCUUUUAAAGUCUUUGGAGCAAACUUUUCUGCUGCUUUUGUCGCAGGAAGUCUUGCUGCUGCUGCUACAUGCCCUCUAGAUGUUGCAAAAACCCGCCGGCAGAUAGAGAAGGAUCCUGUUAGAGCAUUGAGGAUGACUACCCGGCAAACAUUGAAGGAGGUUUGGAGGGAUGGAGGAAUGAGGGCACUUUUCACAGGUGUUGGUCCUCGUGUUGGCCGUGCCGGGCCAUCUGUUGGGAUUGUGGUUUCGUUUUAUGAAGUCGCGAAGCAUCUUCUACAUCACAGAUAUGCAACUUCAGAGUAAAUGGGAAUCGGUGUACUGCUGCCAUUUUUUUUUAAUUUUUUCACAGAAGCAAUGCUCGGUGAUGGCAUGGGAACAACAUUUUUGACAUUGGAAAAACAGUCAAUAGUAACUACGUGAAUAACAUACAAGCAGAGAAGAAAUGCAGUUUAAUCAUGGUUAGGUGCUUUAUCUCUAGGCCUGGAAGAGUAGGAUAGAAUCUUUUCAUCAUCCAAUUUUGUUUUCCAGGUUGUCCAUAACGUGUACUGCCCUAGAGGAACAGAAAUUUUUCAUACUUUUGGGGAUUUUCCCUGAUCAAAGUUUUUUUUUUCCCGUCUUC